CAUGGUUUUGCUCCACAAAUCUUCUUGCAUAAAAUAAGACCCUCUAAAGGGACUUUGUCUAGCUUUCUGAACAUACAUAUAUGACAAAUACAUUUUCAUUGCGUUUCAUUGCAUCAAAUAAAGUAGCACUACUUUUAAGUGUCCCAAAAUCACUUUGAUGAUCAUGAUCAUAAUCAGUGCGACUAAGCUCAUAAAAAUGGCAAGCAAGUGGCAGAAACUGGCUGCCAUUGGACAGAAAAGAAUCGUCCGAAGAGUAGGUUUGGUAGCUGAAAAGGGUCACUUCGUUGUGUAUUCAGGUGAUGGUAGACGGUUUGUUCUUCCGUUGGAGUAUCUCAACGAUGACAUCUUCAGGGAGCUUCUUAGGAUAGCUGAAGAAGAGUUCGGUUUGCCAAGAGAUGGUCCUAUUACGUUGCCAUGUGAUGCAAUUCAAUUGGAAUGUAUAGUCGCUUCGAUCCGACAACGAAAUUCUGAAGAUUCGGACAAGGUGUUGGUAUUAUCCAAAGCUAGUGGUCGUUGUUCGUCGUUUUCUUAUUCACAUCAAGAAACAAUCAGCCGACAGCUGCGGUUAAUAUGCAGUUUCUAAGGAAGGCUUGUGUUUUAUUGAGAAACUACUUUGUGUAAAUUUGGAUACAACAUGUUAAUGAAACUGCAUGCUGAGGAUUUAUAA